AUGUCAAAAAUUAUAUGCCCGUUGUUGUUGGUGGCGGUUGUCAUCAAGUUCGCUGCUAUAGUGGAGGCAGCCGUGAACAUAGCACAAGGGAAGACGGCAUGGUCGGAUUCAGAGGGAUGCCCUUGUUGUGCACCCACCCUAGCGACAGAUGGAAUAUUAGGUGGUAACAUGUGCAAGUGUUUCAGCAACAACAAGGCCCGUGGCUGGCUGCAGGUUGACCUGGCUGCACCAUUCAACAUCGACUACAUGACCGUAUAUCCAGAUGCCGCUUGGUACUCGCACAUGGACCAGUUCAUUUCGGGAGGUUCCAACCUCCUGACAGCCCGUCAGAAAGGCACCUACUACGUCUGCAACCAGUGCGAGUACAACUACGCCCUGGCCUGGGACACUUGUACAACCAAAUGUAGCGCUAACAUUCCCGCCGUCAGGUACGUCGUAUUGCAACAAAAAUCCGACCUGGAUACUGGCCUGAGUGCCUGCGAACUGCUCGUUUAUGCCGCCCCCGACCCAAAGAAGACGAAAUGGACGAGGUUUUCAAAUCGGCGCCUGUUGGCAGCAUCUGCUUCCUCCUUCAAUAAAAGUUCGACGGUCAGCUGCCUGUACAAAUGCAUCCAACUCUCCUGCGAUUCAGUCAACUACAACAAGCUGCUGAAGACGUGCGAGGUCCUCAAACACCCCUUUGGGGUACUCACUGGCAACAUCCCUGCCCCCAGUCCUGGCUGGGACCAUUGGAAACUCUUCUACGCUUGA